CACAGCCAUUUACAACUUCAGCCUCUGGCCGCUUCAGCCUUCGCAUCUCCGGAUGACCCAGAUCUCAAGCCGCCUGCCGGGGUAUUUGGAGAGCCCCCCCCCCCGCUUUCCCUCCGGCGUCCAGACCAGUCAGUCGCCAUGGAGGUCUUGGGGAAGCCUUUGCAACUGCCCUGCGGCCUCAGAAUGCCCAACCGCCUCUGCAAGACCGCCACCUCCGAGCACAUGGGCCACGUGAAAACCGGGGAGGUGAGCCCUGAGCUGGUGGAGCUCUAUCGGCAAUGGGCCUUGGGCGGCGCUGGGCUUCUGAUCACGGGCAACGUCAUGGUGGAUGACCACCUGGAGGGCCCUGGCAACGUGGUGAUCCCUGAGGGCGAGCCGCCUGAGAUGUGGAGGAAAUGGGCGGAGGCCAGCCACAGCGUGGCCUCGGGCGGAUCGAGGCCGCUGGCCUUGGUGCAGCUGUCGCACCCGGGGCGGCAGAGCCCACUGGCGGUGAGCUGGGCGCGGCCAAGGGCGCCCUCGGAGGUGGCCUUUGUGCUGCCCGGGGUGGGGAUCCAGGCCUUCCGCACGCCGCGGGCGCUGGGCCUGGAAGAAGUCAAGGCGCUCCCGGGGAAGUUCGCCGCGGGGGCGCGACUCGCGGCGAAGGCGGGCUUCGACGGGGUGCAGGUCCACGCGGCCCACGGCUACCUGCUGUCCCAGUUCCUGUCCCCACACACGAACCGACGCACCGACGCCUAUGGCGGGAGCGCGGCAAACCGGGCCCGACUGCUGCUGGAGGUGGUGGCAGCAGUGCGGCUGGCGAUUGGCAGCACCAAGGUCUUGUCGGUCAAGGUGAACUGCGCGGACUUCCGCCUGGGCGGCCUGGAUCAAAGCGAGGCCCUGGAGCUCAUGGCCAAGCUCAAGCAGGCGUCGGUGGAUCUGGUGGAGAUCUCCGGCGGGACCUACGAAAAUAUGCUCAUGGUGAGACAGGAGGAGAAGGAAGGCUACUUUGUCGACUUCUCCAAGUCUGUGCGUGAGAAGGUGCCCGGGCUGCCGGUGUUGGCGGUGGGAGGCUUUAAGAGCCUGGUGGGCUGCGCGAGCGCGAUCGUAAAGGGCGAGUGCGACGUGGUGGGCCUCUGCCGCUUGCUGUGCCUCCAGCCGGACUUGCCGAAGAGGUGGGGGCCUUGUCCGUCUGCGCGCACGGCCUGUGCACGCUUCCACACAUUGUGGCUGGAGGGAGAGGACCUGCCAGCCGCCGGGAAGUCCGUCAGGAUCCAGGUGCCCAUUUUGGGGGCGCUGCUCAUCCCGGGCCUUGGCUAUUACUACCACCAGCGCCAGAUCCAGCGCAUCGGCGCCGGCCUCCCUGUGGAGUCCAGGUGUCCCACAUUGAGGCUGCUGCUGGUGGCCCUGCCCCGGAAGCUCUUGUGGGAGCCGGGGCGCUUGUCCACGCAGAACCGUUUAGGCUUGACAGCUGUCGCUCUGGGCGUGCUCGGUUUGCUUCUGAGCCGAAAGCGCGGCUCGUGAUUCCAGCCAAGAGCUGGGAUUGGCGCAUUGGAAGUUACAGGGCUUUGGAAGCAUCGCCUUUGCUUGCC